AUGACGCAGCCCUUGACCCCUGCCUGCUUCUCCGAGGACGUUGAGCCGGUGCCGGAGGACGUGGUGCCCGAGGAGUGGGACGACCCCGUGAGCGAGAGGCUGACCGCGGCCUGGGAGAGCGAGGUGGGCUGGCACCUGUGGUGGUCCGAGAACCUGUGCGCAGACCGAGAAAGAAGGACCAAGGCACAGAGGCAGAAGCGCAGGAGAGAGAAGGAGCAGAGGAGGGCCCGUGGACGCAGCCUGCUGGACAUGUCGGGCAGCUUCACCUCCUCCAUCACCUACCAGUCCACUCAGCCCUCAUCCUCCGCCCUCGACCUCAGCAGAGAGGCCUUCAGAUGCCCAGUCCUCACAGAGACCAGCCCAGUCUCACUCCUCAAAGAGACUAUUCCAGACUACUCCUCAGUCCCAGAGAGAACCACAGACCUCACAAAGACAAGCUCAGACCACUCCUCAGUCCCAGAGAGAUCCCGGGCUUUCCCAAAGACUAGCCCAGUCCCAGUCCUCAAAGAGACCGGCCCAUUCCCAGUCCUCACAGAGACCGACUCAGUCUUCACAGCCCAGAAAAAAGUCUCGGAUGGGGUUUUAGAGUGA